CUCCCAUGCCAAACUAAUGAGCCUUAAUUCGAAGAGAACAGAUUCGUUCCCAAACUCGGAGUCUCGGGCCACUGUUCUGGUCGGACCCUAUGCGGUUGGACCCGACAGAAAACGGGUUCGGUUCUGUUUGAGGUAAUUCAAGAAGACCCGUGGUGCCUUGUGUAAUUACCUCUAUGCCCUUGAGGGGGAAGAGAGGACUGACUGCGGAGGGUGAAAACGGGGGGGACGGCGAGGAAGGAGGAGGAGAAAGGCGCAGUUGACAGUGGGCUGAGCUGAUAGGGCAGACUGACUGUGUGAGUGAUCUGUUAGGGUUUUGAGAGGGGAGAAGAAGGGAUGAAGGGAGUGGUGGGGAUGGUGGUGUCGAACAAGAUGCAGAAGUCGGUGGUGGUGGCGGUGGACCGGCUAUUCCACAACAAGCUCUACAACCGCUACGUCAAGCGGACCUCCAAGUUCAUGGCCCACGACGAGCACAACCUCUGCAACAUUGGCGACCGCGUCCGCCUCGACAAUUCCCGCCCCCUCAGCAAGCGCAAGCACUGGGUCGUCGCCGAGAUCCUCAAGCGCGCCCGCAUCUAUACCCCUCCCUCUCCCGCCGCUUCCAAUCCCUCUGCUCCUUCCGCCGCCAAGUCCUCCCCCUCCCCGCCUUCCUCUUCGUAGGCCACCACAGGAAAGGUAUUCAAUGGGAAAUGAUCGGAGUGGAACCGCUCGAGCUUAGUUUCAGCUUCCAGAUUAGAUAGUGGUUGGUAUCUGCUAUGAUUUCAGACUACUGAAGAUUGAGUUCAUGUGUAUGUCUGUUCUGGACAGUCUGCUUCCGAGCUGAGAUCAUGUUUACGACUCAUGUUUACAAAACAUGUUACCCGAGGAGUUUUCGUUAUUUUGAUUUUGUUUGGAAAUUAACAUGAUGUCAUCCAGC